GGAAUCAUCUUUUAGGGCACUUUUAGGGCCAAAUUAACUUCCAGUCUGGCUUUGGCCAUUCUGAUUUUCCCUCUGCACAACCGCAUGAAGGCUGUGCAGUGCUCCAGAGUGGCUGCCCCUUCUCCAAAGGCCAUGGCUGGAAAGAUCACCAAAAUCCUGCUGGUGCUGGCCAUCCUUCAGUACGGGCUGAGGGCAGAUGCCCAGGCAGUGAAGGUCAUGGAAAAGGUUCUGACACAACAUGAGGAACAGUGCAACCAGGAGAUGACUUGGCUGGCCAUGGCUGAAAGCAUCACCGAAGUCCUGAUGGUGGCAGGCAUCUUCCAAUAUGCACUGAGCGUGGAUCUCCCAGCACUGAAGGUCACGGAAGAGCUCCUGAAGCAGCACGAGGAGCAGCACAGCCAGGAGAUGGCCAAGCUGGAGAAGAUGGAGCAGAGGAUGCAGGAGCAGAGCAGACCCACCCAGGAAAGAGUGCUCUGCUCAGUCUGCCAGCAGUGGUGGUUCUGGAAUUGUGCCGAAAUUAUCCUCAUGCUCUUUGGGAUCUACUGGCUGCCCAUUCAGAAGAGAGCAGGUUCUGGCAGUGGCAGCCAGGAGAAAACCACCUGCAGUGCCCAAGAACAGAUGGAGGAGGACAAGCCCUUGGAUAAGAGCUGGACACUGGGCAAAAUCUGCUGAUACCACUGCAGCCAUGGAAAGCAGCAGCCACAGAAUGUGCUUCCUCCUCUCCCACCUGAGG